AUGGACAAAGAAAACAGUGAUAUUUCAACCAAGCCCGCUGAUGUGAAUAUAUCCAAUAUCUCAGUUCAGGUGGUCAGUGCCCAUGGGAAGCUGCCAGGAAGACGACCACCACGAAAACCCAUCAGCAAAGCCAAGCCCAAGAAGCAAGCCAAGAAGAAAGCUCCCUUUUGGAAUGUCCAAAAUAAAAUCAUUCUCUUCACAGUGUUUUUAUUCAUCCUAGCAGUCAUAGCCUGGACCCUUCUAUGGCUCUACAUCAGUAAGACGGAAAGCAAAGACGCCUUUUACUUUGUGGGCAUGUUCCGCAUCACCAACAUUGAGUUUCUCCCUGAACACCGACAGAAGGAGUCCAGGGAAUUUCUGUCAGUGGCACAGACUGUGCAGCAAGUGGUAAACCUGGUGUAUACAACAUCCGCCUUCUCCAAAUUUUACAAGCAGUCUGUCGUCGCAGAUGUCAGUCACUACAGCAGUAACAACAAAGGUGGCCUCCUUAUCCACUUUUGGAUUGUGUUUGUCAUGCCACAUGCCAAGGGCCAUAUCUUCUGUGAGGACUGUGUGGCCACCAUCUUGAAGGACUCCAUCCAGACGAGCAUCAUAAACCGGACCUCUGUGGGGAGCUUGCAGGGUCUGGCUGUGGACAUGGACUCUGUAGUACUAAAUGACAAAGGCUGCUCUCAGUAUUUCUAUGCAGAUCAUGCGUCUUUCCGCUACCCUCUGGAGAUUUCUGCAACCUCAGGGCGGCUGAUGUGCCACUUCAAACUGGUGGCCAUAGUGGGCUAUCUGAUUCGUUUCUCCAUCGAGUCCAUCGAGAUAGAAGCCGACAACUGUGUCACAGACUCCCUGACCAUUUACGAUGCCCUCUUGCCAAUCCGGAGCACCAUCUUGUAUAGAAUUUGUGAACCCACAAGAACAUUAAUGUCAUUUGUUUCUACAAAUAAUCUCAUGUUGGUGACGUUGAAGUCUCCUCAGAUACGGAGCCUGUCAGGAAUCCGGGCAUAUUUGGAGGUCAUUCCAGAACAAAAGUGUGAAAACACAGUUUUGGUCAAAGAAAUCGCUGGCUUUGAAGGGAAAAUUUCAAGUCCAUAUUACCCAAGCUACUAUCCUCCGAAAUGCACGUGUACCUGGAAAUUUCAGGCUCCCCUACCAACUCUUGGCAUAGCACUGAAGUUCCAUAACUACUCAAUAACACAGAAGAGUGUGAAAGGCUGUGACCAUGGAUGGUGGGAAAUUAAUGAGCACAUGUACUGUGGCUCCUACAUGGAUCAUCAGACGAUUUUUCGAGUGCCCCGCCCGCUCGUCCAUGUUCAGCUUCAGUGUAGUUCAAGGCUUUCCGAUAAGCCGCUUCUCGUGGAGUAUGGCAGUUACAACAUCAGUCAACCCUGUCCUGUCGCAUCUUUCAGAUGCUCCUCCGGUUUGUGUGUCCCUCAGGCCCAGCGGUGUGAUGGAGUAAAUGACUGCUUUGACGAAAGUGAUGAACUUUUCUGUGUGUCUCUUCAACCUGCCUGCAACACCAGCUCCUCUGGGCCGCGUGGUCCUCUGGUCUGCGACGGCUUCAGGGACUGUGAGGACGGCCAGGAUGAACAGAACUGCACUCAGAGCAUUCCAUGCAACAACGGAACUUUUAAGUGUAGCAAUGAUAUUUGCCUUAGGAAACAAAAUGCAAAAUGUGAUGGGACUGUGGAUUGUCCAGAUGGGAGUGAUGAAGAAGGCUGCAGCUGCAGUGGAAGUUCCUCCAUCCUCCACCGCAUCAUCGGGGGCACCGACACGCAGGAAGGGGGUUGGCCAUGGCAAGUCAGCCUCCACUUUGUCGGAGUUGCCUACUGUGGAGCCUCAGUCAUCUCCAGGGAGUGGCUUCUCUCUGCCGCCCACUGUUUCCAUGGAAACAGGCUGUCAGACCCCACACCAUGGACUGCUCACCUUGGGAUGUAUGUGCAGGGCAAUGCCAAGUUUGUCUCCCCGGUGAGAAGAAUUGUGGUCCACGAGUACUACAACAGCCAGACCUUUGACUACGACAUUGCCUUGCUACAGCUCAGUAUCGCCUGGCCCGAGACCCUGAAACAGCUCAUUCAGCCAAUAUGCAUCCCUCCCGCUGGCCAGAAAGUUCGCAGUGGGGAGAAGUGCUGGGUAACUGGCUGGGGGCGAAGGCACGAAGCAGACAAUAAAGGCUCCCCAGUUUUGCAGCAGGCAGAGGUAGAGCUCGUUGACCAAACCCUCUGCGUUUCCACCUAUGGCAUCAUCACUUCGCGGAUGCUCUGUGCAGGUGUCAUGUCAGGCAAGAGAGAUGCUUGCAGAGGAGAUUCGGGUGGACCUUUAUCUUGUCGAAGAAAAAGUGACGGAAAAUGGAUUUUGACUGGCAUUGUUAGCUGGGGACAUGGAUGUGGAAGACCAAACUUUCCUGGUGUUUACACGAGGGUGUCAAACUUUGUUCCUUGGAUUCAUAAAUACGUCCCUUCUCUUUUGUAAUCGUACAAGUUGGAUUUUUGACUGUGAUUUAUGUGAUAGAUUCUUUAAAAACCAUGCAGUAAUUAUAAAUAAAAAGAGACUAUUUUUUCUGCAAAUUUCAGAUUCUGUACAUUUGGUAUUUAUUAGAAGACAGAGAGAUUCAUAUGUAUCUUAUUCCAUGUGAAGGAUAUAGCUAUAUUCAUUCUUUUUUUUUUUUUUUUCCCGAGGAACAUU